CGCCGCUGGCCGCGCAGCGCUCGGCUGUGGGGCGAAGGCAGCGGGCGCCGCCGCUCCUCGCCGCGCCGUGUGGAGAAGGGUUUUUUUUUAAUUUAUUUAUUUAUAUUUUUUUAACCGCUUUUCGCCUCUCCGCACUCUCCCUAAACCGCGUGAGGGCUGCGAGGGGGUAAUGGGCUCGAUAAUUUUUUCCUCGGGGGCGGUAGAGAGGGGUUUGCCCCUGCUUGUCCUCGUUGUCCCCCUGUCCCGCCUCGCCUGAGGGGGCCCCGCAGGCCCAAGGGGGGCUCGUGCCUUAGCGGCUGAGGGGUGUCCAGGGCCAGAACCCCCACCCUCAGCCUGCACCCCUUUGCCCAGCCUCAUUUCAGGCCGAGGGGGAACCUGCCACCUGGCAGACUGUGGGCAGGUUGGAAAAGAAGCAGCCUCCUCCUCCCUCAGGGGCUGAGUGCUUCCAUCUUCCCUCCCUUUCCCUCUUUCUUUUCUCCUCGUAGGUGGUGGUGGUGGUGGUGGUGGGGCUGGAGCGGAGCCAGCGCUUCCCUUCCGAGUCCUGCCGCCCUGUGAAACUCUCCUCUCCGUCUCGCCAUGGCCAUCGGUGGCAUCUGGCCGUCGCUGCUGCUGAUGGCAGGCAUCGUGGCGGCGGUGGGAUUGUGCAGGAGCCUGGUUCGCCGCCGCCUGCACGCCUACCCACGCCUCUGCUCCUUCCUCCUGGAGGCUUUCAGCACCUUCCAGGUGUGUGCGUGCACUAACGAGCUCUGCCUGCUCGGCAAUGUGGAGCCCAAGCCUCACACGGCGCUCACGCUCACCUAUGGUUUCACCGUCCUGCACGGCUCGACGCUGACCGGCAGCACGUGCAAUCCCUGCGGCGUCUUGCAGCCCCUGUGGGGCGGUGGGACCUCGCUCAAGGCGGGUGGGCUGAAGAUCGGGGCUCAGUUUGUGGCCGCCGUGCUCGCCAGAGUUUUUAUGCACUUCGUCUGGAGGCUGGGGAUUGCAGAGGCACAUCCUGGAGCGCUCUCGCAGGGCUGCGGCAACCCCAUGCAGACUACGGAGGUGCAGGCUUUCUGCGUAGAACUGCUCUUCUCGGUCGUUUUCCAGCUGACCAUCCUACAAGUGGAAACUGUUAAGCCCAGCUACCGAGUCCAUUUGAUUGCUCUUCUCAUCACCAUGCUCGUUUAUGCAGGUGGAAAUCUCACAGGAGCAAUAUUUAACCCAGCGUUGGCUUUUUCAUUACAUCCAAAAUGUUUCUAUGACAAUUUUUUGAUUUAUUCACUAGUCUAUUGGAUAGCACCAUCCUUAGGUACAAUACUUGUGGCUUUUGUAUGGAAAUCCUUCCUCGGAUACCCUGAGACGCCAACUUCCGAAUUUUAGCAGUACUACGUUAAAAAACAUUUUCAAGAAAGUUAAAUUACAGCCACCUGCAGAACUGAAGCUUCCAGAAAGAUGCUGACAUCAGCUUACACACCACCUUUCAAUUGUAUUUUCAGAUUUCAUGUUUUGGAAUAUUUCACUUAAAGCUUUGUAUUCAAAAACUUACUUUGUAAUAGCGUAACAGGAUGCUGAGAAUACCUGCCAACAGUUUCUGUUAAGCCAUAUGAAUGUGAAGGACUGUUAGAACACUGAAACUUUGCCACUUUAGCCGUAAGUGCCGUUUGCUGACCUUAAUUACCAUGGCAUAUAAAACUAAGUUUAGAUAAACACCCAGUCCUUUCAGGGUUAGAUUUUACUGGAUUCUUCCCGUAGACGGCUCCUAAUGAAAAUGAAGCUGAAGAUUUCAUUCUUACAUUGAUCUCAGAAUACUCCUACUUGCCAUACGUGUACCUCUGAGAGGAAGAGAGGCUGGCUGCUUUCUUUUCUACUCCCUAGAAGAAUCACCACAGCUUUAUUCUAGAGGUAACCUACACCAAAAGUAAAAAUCUGUAGGACCAGCAGUGUUUUACUAAUACCCAAGCGCAGGUAAGUAACCCCUCUCUUUCUUUCAGGAAGGCUUUGCCCCGUCCUCUCCGUGUAGUUUAUUGAAUGUUUAUCUUGGUUGAGAAGAGCGUUAACGAAGUACUGUUACAAUUCUGUAGACACGCAGGUAAAAGUGAUUAUAGAGGGGGAAAAAAACAACAACUUCAUCCCAGCUUGCUGUCUUUUGCACACAGUAAAACAGACACACUACAUAGGGAUGGAUGAGUCACGUGGGAAUGUGAUGCAUAGUUGAUUCUGUGAUUUUAUUUUUUUAUCCUAUCAGAUAUUUUUCUUGAAAUAAACGGAUUUGCAAUGUAAUAAGAUAAAAGAGAGAAAAACAUAGGAAAGCAACCUAUCCAAAUGGGCAAAAAUAUACCCAUUAUAGCCUUGGGUGAAGUGAAAAGCACCUGGAGGUACCAGUCCUCUCAAGUUCCCCACUGGCAUGAGGUUUCUUCUUCUGGAUGCUUAAUUUUUAUGUGACAGAAUACCAGAAUAUAUUUUUCAAAUUUAUGAUUAAAUUCAGUUUUUCACUUUAUAGCUACUAGAUUUGAAAGGCAAAAUGGUUAACAAGUUAUAUAAAUAUUCCAGUACUAGGCCCCUCUACUCAUUGUUUUUUCGUUUGUUUAAACUUUAUUCCCAUUGCUGACCUUCAAAGAGGAAUAGGAAGAGUCAAACAAGCUUUUUGCACGCUAAAAUUGUGAUAGCUGCUGUUGUCACUGUCCUUUUUGCAAGACUUCGGGAAAUAGUUUCAUUUCCUACUUCUUGCGAUAACUUUUUUUCUCAUUUUAAUUUUCUAAGGUAUGUGUAGAUUUUAUUGCGAAAUGAAAUCACUGUUUGCACAUGCUUUCCGUAUAAAGGUCUUAAUACGUAAGUGUGUUCAGGCAGUAAAACAAAAAACCUGCUAAUACACCAAAGAGAACUAGAACUGCUGGGUUAUCAUCAUUCAGCAGCACUCUGAUCCCGGUGCGAGUAGGCUUGCUGAAGGAAACGUAGCGUGGUAAGAAGCUUCAAGGCAGGGGCUACGCCCCACCACGCUGUGUGCCAGGUAAAGUGUGAUCCUUCAGCCAUUUGGGUAUUCAGCCGUUUAUUUAGAACUCGGCCGCGGAGGGCGGCUGUAACAAGGAACAAAGCCGAUGCGUGCCUGUGAACACCACAUACUUGUACGUGUACUGCUUCUAAAGGAGACUUGUCGGGAAGCUGCUACCUGUCACUUCCUUGCUUUACUGCUUUUUAUCCCUUUUAUCCAUUUUAAGGUGAUCCAUACAUUGUGUGUGGUUUGGUUUUGUUUUUUUCCCCCGGGGCUUGCGUUUCCUGGUAUACUCAUGCCCAGUUUUUAGCCUCAUUUCUUAUGGAAAUGAACCUUACCUAAUGAAUUAAUCUGCACGGUCUCCUCUGAGCCUGUAAGGCCCCGAGGGUAAAGGUCUCAAACCUCAGAAAGAAUAAAGAUAAAAGGGAAAAGAGAAAGCAGAGAAACACCUACGGGAAGCCCAGUGUUGUUAGGUUAGAGACCCUACUUCCACAUCAUUUUUGAAGGACUGCAAUCAAAGUCCAUAAAGCACAGAGACCAGCUCUGAUUUCUGUAUCUAUGUUAUUUAUUUUGGCAUAGCAUACACCUUAAAAGUUACAUUUGCUAUGUAACUGGGUAAUUAAUAAGCUGUCACUCAAUUUCUAGUCACUGGAUUUUUUUUAAGUCACUGCUAAAAAACAAACAAGCCUUAAAUUCCCUUAAGGGAAAACAAAAGCAAAGAAAAAAGGAUAAAGAAUAGGAAUUGAAAACUUUAACUUUUUUUUUUAGUAGUACAGACAAAAUAUUUUUACGUUCAAAGUAAUUAAUGUUUAUGAAAGGUUUCCCAGAACACUUACAAAUAGCUUGAAUGCAAACUUUCAUUAAGGAUAAAACUUGCAAGUCCACACUGGACAGCGCUUAAUGUUACUUAGGGCUCAUCCAGAUUUGCUUCCACCUGACCAAAGUUGAUCUUGCUCCAUCGCUUGACUAGAAGCACUGUAAAGUAGCUGAUCUUGGAGCCCUGCAUCAACACAAAUUUUCACUUCUAGAGCUUCCUAGUGCUCGGACAUGAGGCAGUGCUGAGCACAACGCUGCGGCCACCCUGCAAGUUAACGCUGCUUGUCUGCUGUGAUAGCUAACAGGUAGUCUGCAGUUUGGUGUGAAAAACAAUAGAAAGAGCACACUUCAGCAAUUAAGAGUUACACCAAAACAAAUACUAACAAUAACAAAAAUCAGUCUCUUUUAGGCACAAAUGGUAAUUUGAGAUUUUAUGAGCGCUCCUUCUUUGGUUUCUAUGAAGGAACUAGUAAAGCAGUAUGAUUAGGAAAAUGCAAGGCCUACCUGCUGCUACCUUUUUACCUCCACCACAGAAAGACUUAAUUCAAGAGCUAAAUUAAUGUUGGUAGGUCACAGUCAACGCUUUUUCUUCUCUGCAGCUCAAUCAGCUGUUUGGCUUCAUUGCUUUAAUCCUCUUAGCUCAGCUUUGGGAGGCUCAGCAACAAACAGAAACCUAAGUGUUAACAUCACAGAACUUGAAUUCUCCUUUCAGGUCAAAGCGAAAUAGCGGUUGGUAGCUGGCAUUCCUGCUGCUGCUGCUGCCCCCGUGUGCCUCUGUAGCCAAAAGGACAGAGUACAGCACGUUGCGUGGAACAGUCAGUAAAUGCUGAUGGCUUUAGAGCACUGCUACCAGAGCACCACUGUUGACUUUUUCCUCAGCCAACAUUUCUUUCUUGGACCUUGUAGUCUAUAGCGCUGAACUGCUCACUGACAGCAGUUCAAGGUAUUUUAUUAGUUCACUGUUGUAACACACUACUAGGUUAUUAAAAUCUACACAACUUUUUUUUUUUCAUAUAAAAGACUAGGAGUAACUGCAAAAAGCCUGCCGAAAUUUAUAUUGUUAAACAGAAAUCUGACAACAUCCAUGUUCUGCUGGUCUGCAUGCAGGCUGUGCAAUACAGGAAUGUAAGAAUAUUCAUAAUUCAAAGUAUUAAAUUAUAUUCUUUUGCAUAUUGUUACUGUGGAUAAAGAUGUGCUCUGAAUUUCAAAGCUGACUACAGAGUUUCUUAAAGAAUUCCUGCAUAACAUGCUAAAUAAUUCAGCAAUGUCAACAGCUCACUAUACUGCUAAAUCAUGGCUAAUUUGACUGACAUUUCUAACAAACGUUCCACAAAGAGCGGUUAUAAUUUUCACAUGCCUUGAAACCAAACCACAUCCCAACAGGCUAGGCAGGAUGGGACCACUCGGUACUACUCCAGGAGUGCAGGACUGGUAAAGAAAAGUGUUUAUACACCAAGUUAAUCACAUUGCAAAAUCUCAAAUGUCAGCUUCAAAUCAAAGUGGAGAAAGUUUAGUAACAGACUUCUGUUUGAGUAUUGGGAAUAAAAAUAAUUCAAGUUUGCUAGCGUUGCCCCGUGGCAAAAACAUCACAAAGCAGUAGAAGGGCCAGCAGGACCAAUUCUUAGUGAUCUAAAUUUAGGUUCCUAAAUCUGGGCUGUGUCACAGAGGACUCCUGUCCUACAGAGGCACUUUGCAAAUAUUCUGGCCUUUCAUUCUCACCUGUAGGUAAACGAUGAAAAUAGCUUCACUUUUAUUAUUAUAAUAGUGCUCAAAACUCGAGGGAUGUUGGUUCAGAGCUCCCAGCAGUUUGUCGAGGUAAAGGACCGAGAACUGCAACACACAGUUGGCUGUGAGAUACAAAAAUCUUAGUUUAUUUAACAGUGCUGUUAACAUUUAAUACAAAGACACAAACCAGUUCUCAUUUUCAGGACUUUACAGAUUGUAUUCCAUCUCUACCACCCAAACUUUGCUCCCAGACAAAUGGAAGGGACAACAGUGAACUGAUACCAGUUACUUGAGGGGCAUUAAGUUGAGCUCUGCUUUUCAUCCAUGUCUGACCUUAAUUUUCUUUCAGCUGAGCUCUGUAACAUUUCCAUUCCGCUCCACUACUCAAUGAACAGGUACAAAAAUAUGGGAAGUUCUAGGACAAUCUAAAACUCUGUUCUACUUACAGUUGUAUUUCUGCAGUCCUAGAACUCCUACAAAGGCUUCUUUGAAAUCACCCCCGACAAGCCCCAUUUAUGUUAGACGGGAGAGGUUUUUUUACUUGUGUGGUUUUUU